GGUGAUACGGACUGCAUGUAGUGUGUGUUUUCUAGCUAGACCGUUGUGUAAUAGAUGUCCGUGCAGUAAUAGAAGACUUUACUGAUCUCGUGAGUUUUUCUGUUGUGUGUGGUGUUGAUUCACCGUUAAAAAUUCGUAAUAAUAAAAAUACAUUUUGGUGUAGCAUGUUCUGACAUUAUCAUCUAAAUACAGCCGACAAGUCAUAAAUAUGGAUAUUGCAACAGGGCAACUGUAUGUUGAUAACUUGAAUGUCAAUGACCAACAUCAAUUGUUAUUCAACAUUCGGCAAGUUAAAAAUCUAGUGAUUGGCAGCAACAAGCAGAAAACCAUGAUAAUGCUUUGUGGUGCUGUUCCAAGGCUUCUACAAGUAUUAGACAAUGAUUCCAUGUCUGCCGAGAUCCUUGUUGAGUGUGCGGUGGUCCUUGGUAGCUUAGCGCGGGGAGGAGAGGCCAACAGACGAGCACUGGUAGAAGAUGGUGCUUUGACUGUGGCCUUAAGAGGAUUGGCACAUUCAGAUCUGAAGCUUGUGGAGGCAUGUCUUAGAUUCCUGCGUCUCAUCUUCACGAGUCCUGUUGCACCGAUCAAUGCUUUGUAUGAGGACUCAACUAUCAUACCCCAUUUGGUACAGCUUCUUUCGAGAUCCUUAUCAACACAAGAAAAUGUUGCAAGUAUCCUAGCCCACUGCUGUAAGACAUAUGAUCAUCAACUGAUUUUACUGCAACAUGGAUCUGUUCGUGCACUGUCUCCCCUUUUAUUAAGCAACGUACCAAAGGUUCAAUUACCAGCUCUUUGUUGUUUUGCUGCCAUGUGUUAUGAAAACCAACAAGUUUCAUCAGCAGUGGCAUCAGCUUCAUAUAAUGGGGAACCUCUAUACCAUCAUUUCAGCUGUCUUCUCGCAAGGAAUAAGCCAGUGAAAAUGCAGCUUGCUGCUGCUAAGUGUUUGAGUUAUAUUCGUCGAGUUGGAGCUCUCAGACCUGACACAGACAUCAUACCAAUGAGGGCUCUGCCCACUUUGGUUCGGAUGUGCAAGAAAGACAUGUCAAUCGAGGAGCGUGUUGAUGGUGCAGAGACACUAGCCUAUCUGAUUGAGGAAGAUCUCGACCUGCAGUGGACGGCCAGUUUCACCGAUCAUCUUAUCACAACUUUAGCAACAUACUUGAAGAUCACAGAGGAUCAGUGCACAAAAAGUAAUAUUGAUGUCACAGAGGUUUCUAAUUUGAAGCAAGCUGCAUUCAGAGUGUUCGCAUCACUUGGUGCAAACGAUGAAGACAUCAGAAAAAAAAUUAUUGAGACAGAGAAUUUAAUGUCACAAAUUGAACUCUGUUUGGCUGACCAUAACACCAAAGUACAAUUGGCUGCAGUCAGGUGUUUGCAUAGUUUAUCACGGUCUGUGCAGCAGCUCAGGACAAGUUUUAAAGAUCAUGAAGUAUGGAAACCGCUAAUGGAGUUGCUCAGCUCAUCUGGUAAUGCUGAUUUGCUGGUGGUUGCAUCCUCCACUCUGUGCAAUCUGCUUCUGGAAUUUUCACCAAGCAAAGAGAAAAUUGUAGAAGCUGGCGCUGUUGACCUGCUGUGCAGACUGACAGAAGAACUGAAUCCAGCCCUGAGACUGAAUGGUGUGUGGGGGCUAAUGAAUAUGGCAUUCCAAUCCAGGCAAGAAAUUAAGAAUCAGAUUCUAUUGAAGCUUGGCAAUGCCCAACUGUUUAAGCUUCUGUCAGAUUCAAAUGUUGAUAUCAUCAUGAAAACACUUGGCUUGCUCAGGAAUUUACUAUCCACAAAACCAGAUAUUGAUGUAAUUAUGGAAGUGCAUGGGCAGGACAUAAUAGCAGCGGUAACUGUGAUCCUGGAAGAAGACCAUCCGCCUGGAGUGAAAGAGCAGACAUUGUGUAUCCUAGCAAAUAUUGCUGAUGGUGUAACAGCCAAAAAUUUCAUCAUGUCCAAUGAAGACAUUUUAAAGAAAAUCACUAAUUAUAUGUUGCAUGGGAAUGUGAAACUGCAAAUUGCAGCCACAUUCUGCAUUUCAAAUCUUGUUUGGAAAGAUGAAGAAGGAGCAAAAGAAAGACAAAUAAAACUGAAAGACCUGGGAGUACAAAAACUACUGAUACAGUUGCGCAACUCUUGCGACCAGACUUUGCUUGAGAAGUAA